UUUUUUGUAUCAAAUAAAUACUUUUUUUUACACAAUUCGAUCUAGAUUUCUUUUUCAUUAUUUGCCAUCGUGUUGUUGCAGAGAUGGUGUCGUUUUACGAUCAAUUGAUCGAGGGAAUCGACGGAUACAUACUGGUUGAAGACGCUGAGGAGGAGCUGUGUGAGUUGUACAGUGUGUACUACAGCAAAGAUAGCAACGAUCGGCUAGAUCUUGUCGAGCCAAGAAAACCUGAGGUGGAUAUCGAAAUUGAAGGCGGCAAAAGGCCGAUCUCGCUCACAAUCAGCCAAAAUAUCAAUAUAAAUGGCGAGCCUGGGCAAACAGGCGCAGUGCUUUGGAACAGCAGCAUAGUGAUGGGUGAGUUCUUCGCAAGAAGCACGCCCCACUGGGACCUCAGUGCGCUAACAGCGCUCGAACUAGGAUCCGGCUGCGGCCUAGUUGGGCUGACUCUCCACAGACUCGGCAUGCAGCGAACGAUUCUCACGGACCAAUUGCGAAUGAUGCGCCUACUCACCAAGAAUAUGGAUGCAAACCGACUUAAGAGCUCGUCUUUAGAAAUGUUUGCAACAGAAUACGUGUGGGGCCAGAUGCCCGAGGACCAGAGAAUCGUGCGACAGUCGAUUGACAUGGUGGUGGCAAGCGAUUGUGUCUACCAUGAGAGCGUCGCGCCAAUGUUGGUGCAUACCCUGGUUGAUGUUUGCAAAUGCGUCGGAAUGGUUGGACAGGAGCUGAGAUCGGAUUUGGUGCACCAGGUGUUUUUGGCAGAGCUGCUGAAGCAUUUUGUCGUUUACCGGGUCCCUGUUAGCCCCAAAAUCGACGGGUUUUAUGCGCUUUACGCAAUCUGGCUGAAAUAACAUGAAUAAAAACU